CCACGCACAAGGGAGGGGAAGUAAUGAAGUAUUCAAAAUAGUAGCCUCCAAAGCCAAUUCAUAUGUUAAACAAAGAUUUUUUACCAGAAAAGAAAAUGUUAAACCCAGACACGACAAACUGUAUUCGUUGUGUUUUGUUUGAAUUUCAAAAAAAUGCAGGAACACAACUGUCAACUGCACACACAUUGGGCAAUGCAGUUUCUUUCAAACAGUACCAAUAGCCUCCACUACACCCACCAGUCCACUCCACACCACCCCUUUCUACCCGAGAAAACCCCCAUGCUCUUUUUGGUUAAACCUCUUUCUAAAUUUUCAAGUCCUUUCAUUUCCCUUUUCUUGGAUUUGAUAUGACCCUUUCUGUUCAAGCUGAAUGAUAAAGCUCUCUCUUUCCCUCCUCUCUUUAUCUCUCUCGCUGCUAUUUUUGCAUUCAAUGCCAUUUCAAUUUCCAGUGCGUUGUUUCUUACUGUAGAUUAGUUGCAUUUAAGAUUUUAAGGUCCGCUUCCAUUUUCUCUCGCAGUUCUGCAUCCUGUACCCUGUCUGCAAGAUUCAGCUUUUAAUACACACUUCUUCAUAGUUAAAAUCUAUUCAGAUUUCAGAAUCUUUGUUGAGCUAGCUAGUUUGAAUGGGUGCUUCUGGGAAAUGGGUGAAAGCUUUGAUAAGCUUCAAGAAACCUGAAAAAGAUGACCACCAUGAGAAGAUGCCUGGGAAGAGCAAGAAAUGGAAGAUAUGGAGGGGCCCACCAGCAGAUCAAGCUGGUGGUGGUUCUUCAUUGAAGGGAUUGAAAGGGUACCACCGGAUGUACGAAGGGUCAGUUUCUUCAACAGUGAACAGUGAUGCUUUCACGGCUGCCAUGGCCACUGUUGUUAGAGCUGCCCCCAAGGACUUCAAGGCUGUGAGGCAAGAAUGGGCUGCCAUUAGGAUUCAAACUGCUUUUCGUGGGUUCUUGGCAAGGAGAGCAUUGAGGGCAUUGAGAGGAUUGGUGAGGCUUCAAGCCUUGGUGCGAGGGCGGCAGGUGAGGAAGCAAGCCGCGGUCACGCUUCGGUGCAUGCAGGCAUUGGUUCGGGUGCAAGCCCGGGUUAGAGCUCGUCGUGUUCGUAUGUCCAUGGAGGGGCAGGCUGUGCAGAAGGUGAUCGAAGAGCACCGCGGCAAGGUCGACUGCUUGAAACAGGCUGAGGAGGGAUGGUGUAACAGUAGAGGAACACUUGAAGAAGUGAAGGCCAAGAUACAAAUGAGGCAAGAGGGAGCUUGUAAACGAGAGAGGGCACUUGUCUACUCCCUAGUUCAGAAGGAGAGGCUGGUCCAGAACUUAGACUCCCAAACGACUAUCUCCUUUCCCUCUUUAAAGACUUACAAUUUGGACAAGAACAGCUGGAGCUGGCUGGAACGAUGGAUGGCUGCAAGGCCAUGGGAGAACAGACUGAUGGAGCAAACUCAAACCCAAACUGACCCAGUAGAAACAACUCCAAACUCCAAGAAGACUUGCUUCGUCAAUUCUUCCGCCAAGGAAAAUCAUUUUGAACCAUUCUCUGUUAAAGUCAGAAAGAACAACGUAACCAAACGGAUUUCAGCCAAACGUUCAUCUUCCAGCCCUAGUUCUGAAUUCCGAUAUGACGAGAGCCACGUCGAGAGCUCCGCUUCUUCUUCACUCUGCACAUCCACAACUCAAAUCUCAGGGAACUCAGCGGAUAGAUCGGUGGAGAAGAACAGCCGUAUGCCGAAUUAUAUGAGCUUGACUCAGUCAAC